AUGACCGUUCCUCAAGCAAAUUCGAUUGGAUUCGUCGGCCUCGGCGCCAUGGGCAUGUGGAUGGCAACGCACUUGGCAGAAAAACUUCCGGCGGACACUAAGGUGCAUGUUUUUGAUAUUGUACCAACUCUUGUGGAGGAAUUUUGUACGAAAUACCCUCAUACGGCGGUGCGAUCUUCGAGUCCGAAAGAUGUUGCGGAUAAAUCGGAUAUAAUUAUUACCAUGCUUCCAGAAGGGAAACACGUGAAAAUGGUUUACCUGGGCCCUGACGGGCUAUGUUCUGGAGAGAUCGGAGCAAAGCUACUCAUUGAUUGUUCGACUAUCGAUACUGCUAGUUUUCUAGAGGUCAAGGAGCAAAUUGAGAAAGUAUCUCCAUCUACCUCGCUCUAUGAUGCGCCUGUUAGUGGUGGAGUUAUUGGGGCAAAGAAGGGAACCAUUGCGUUUUUCCUCGGCUGCGCAGAAGACGAUGCGCGUGAAAUCCAGAGGCUAUCCGACUUAUUGUCCCUGAUGGGAAGCACGGUCAUUCCGUGUGGCGGGCCAUCUUUUGGUCUAGCGGCAAAGCUGUCCAACAACUAUUUAUCCGGUAUCAUCGCCAUUGCAUGCUCGGAGGCUAUGGACAUGGGAAUGCGGUCCGGACUAGAUCCUCGUGUCCUUGCCAAAGUCUAUGCUGCUGGAACAGCACAAAACACGAUUUGUGAUAGAUUUUGUCCCGUUCCUGGCGUAGCUCCGGAGGCUCCAUCGUCAAAUGGAUAUAAAAAUGGGUUCAAGGUGCAGUUGAUGCGAAAGGAUAUCUCACUAGCAUUGGAAAUGGCUCACGGGGUUGGAUCGAAUAAUGUUCUUGGAAGUGCAGCAUUGAAAACAUACGAAGGUGCCAGCGUGGAUGCACGAUGCAAAGACUUGGAUUCUCGAGUCGUUUUCCGUUAUUUGGGUGGCAAUGAAAACUGGAAGUCUGAUCACCCAGAGACAAGCUAG